GAAAUUAUUAGCGAGACUGAGUGCAAGCGCAGGGUAUACGACCCAUACAGGAACCGUCAUACUUGUUAUUUAUGCACUAUUCUGGCUGCAGCGUCAUUGACGGCUGCAUUUACGGUAGCAAAGCACGCUUCAUUAGCCAUAGCUGCCAGUCGGACUUUCACACAGAAAAAUGCUGCUCGGACGGUGCUACCAACGGUGAAUUGUGGAUGACCAAGUAGCUUCCUGUUUUAUUGCUGCGGGUGGAGAGCUCAACCUAUGAUUAUUAAUAUUCUCAUUUUGGAUUAGGCCCCUCUAUCUUGCACAACUGUAGGCGUGGUACUCCCGUUUGUUCGGGCUUUCGAGGAGAACUACCUAGAAAGCUUGAAAUUUUCACUGUUGUCGAGGGCCUAAGGAAUGCAUGCUACACUAAACUUUAUUGCGCGUCCAUCUUAAUGGAAUACUCUGCUUUUAGCCGAAGAAGAGCCAAGCAGUGAGAACAAGCGGUGGGGAUUGGAAAAGAAAGGCACGUCUGCUGUUCCCAAGAAAAAUGUUAAAGGAAAUUGCAUUAAUUAAGCAACGACAUAUUUUUGUCUUAAGAAACUUAAAACGGCUGAAUUGUUUGCACUACGAGCAAUAUUUUGCGAAUCAUAAAGGAGACAAAACCAAGCCGACUUCUGCAUCGCCAUCUUCUUUUCAAGUUCAUAUCAAAAGGAGUAGUUGAUGCGGGUGUUGCGCUCUAUUUUUGCAUAAAGUUUGAAUUUUUAAAAACUUGAAGCAGCUUGAUAAAGCAAGAUUUAUUCUCCCUCGAGUUUACAUUAUGGAGCUUUUGCUCAGCACCGUGAUGCACUCAGGACUCCCGUGACGCUGGAGAUGAUUGCUGAGAAAGUAGAUACAGGCGGCUAUUCAGCCAUGACCUGAUGAUUGCUGACUUUGAGCUUAUGUUUUGCAAUUCAAAAAAUUAUACGCCAAAAGCUCUCCAAUUCAAAAACAAAUUUCGGAGCUUAUAAUUUUUUUUCGCCGAACUCUCCGAGAACAAACCGAAAAACUUCUGAUCUCCCUCUUUAUAUGGAUCACUCCUUGCCUAGUGCAGUGCCAUUGAUACCCCCUUCUUAGGAAAUUAUGGGUAGCUUGUGGACGCGCGUACCCAGGGACGUUUCCCCUCUUCCCACCGUUGCCCCCUUGCCCCCUCAGUUUACGUGUUUAGCGAUAAGAAAUGUCUACGAGUUGGUUGUCAUACGGUGUCUAUGCAACAUUAACCGGUCGUGCGGAGGUCUACUGGAUUUUUACUCGCUUUGUCUAGUCUGGCAACACAUUUCAUGCAUGAAGUGCGCCACACCGGUACCCACGGUAGACUUCUACUGCGAGCGCUGUGUACCCCGAAGAUUCACUUAUAACACUUCUGUUGCGCCACCUCAUCAGCCCGCAAAUAACGAGGAACACUUCCGAUGCAUAAAGUUUGGGGUUCUCUCUACAGUCGAGGCCAAAUGACUCCUUAGCAGCGCUCGCAUGGCCCACCCGCCGCUGCUACGGCUGGUGACUGUGUUUUGGUCAAGAGUCCACGCAGUUCCGGCAAAGCCUUCUGCCUCGCCCAGCACGUCUCUAUUGUCCGUAUUGAGGACAUAAGGCUUAACCAUUUAGACGAGCAGUACUAUUUUCUGGGCUACUUCCACGUGAGGCCUUGAGAAGUGUGCCAUUCCAGCAAGAAAAAGUUUUAUCGGCAAAAAGUCUUAAAAACUAAUAACCGUGCUAGAAUGAGUUUCGAUCAAACAGUUCGCAAGUGCACCGUUUUAUAUAAAAUAAGCUUUACGAAAGUUGAUGUCGUCGCUUGCGCAGGAUUAAAAACGAAAACCACUUUAUCCUAAAAAAAUGGGUACAAAUCCUUUUUAAAAAUGAUCACCAUAAAACCCAAUGGUAAGGGGCUCUCGAGCCCCUGCUGACAGGACUACGACAUCUUUAGGCUUUUCCCGGGAAAAGCGAAUCCUUUCCGCGAGCAUUAACCUGAGUAGUAGUGCAUUUUAUAGAACUCAUAAAAGUAACCGUUGCUUGAGCUAUAACGAAAUUCAUGGCAAUAGACUUUUAGAUAAGGAUGAGCCUUUAGAAUCGGCCGCAGGUUCAAGAGAGCGCAACAGCUUUGCACAGUUACCUUUUAAAAGUAAAUGUGAACUGGCUACGUUUAAAGACGAAGCAGUGACUCCAGCAAGCGAGGAAUUUCUAGCGAAGCUGUCCUUGUAUGGUGGAAAGCGUGCGAACUUGAAGCGCGAGAUCAGGCCUCUCGUGGAAGCGGCUGUUAAACGAAAUAUAAGUGCAGAUCAUCCAAGGCAGUUUUGAUAUCGU